AUGAAGUCGGACCCAAAUUCUAGAAAGUCGAACGCCCUCUACGAGUUCCAUCAGGAACGAGGCCACAAGCCCGAGGAAUGCAUAGCUCUACGGCAAGAAGUAGUGAACAUGCUCCACCAAGGACACUUAAGAGAGUUGAUGAGCGACCGAGGGAGAGCCAAUUUUGCCCGUGGACGGGAACCAUAUCAAGGCCCCCCAAAGCCACCCUCCCCCGCCCGCACCAUCCAAAUGAUCAUCGGCAGAGGCGAUGAAGCAACAAUCAACCAGGUGAAGUUCAACACCACACACAAAUUGAAGCGGUCGAUCACCCAUGAACGGUAUGAUGACCUCGAUGACAGUAUCAUCUUUGAUAAGUCAUAUACCCACGGUUUGACCUUUCCUCAUUUUGAUGCUCUUGUUAUUACUUUACGAAUUUCAGAUACCGAUGUAAAAAGAAUCAUGGUAGAUGACGGAAGCGGCACGUGUAUUAUCCACCCCAGAGUUCUCACAAAAAUGAGACUCGAGGAUAAGAUAGUGCCACGUUGCAUUACACUAAUAGGUUUUAACAAUGCAGUUGAACGAACAUCCAGAGAGAUAAUAUUGCCCGUUCUGGCCGGGGCGUCACCCUAG